AUGCCACAACCCCCCCGACCUGUCCACCUUGAAGCGGGAACAUGGUUCUUUCUUCCUCCAAUCCGCGCAUGCACCCGCAACCCAACACUCUGGCGGGCAUCCUUCGCGCGUUUCGUCGGAACGACGAUAUUUGGAUGCAUGGGGAGAGGAGUGGGAAUGCGGCCGAAGCAGAGCCACGAGACGAGGGACACGAAUGCCGACAGGCAGAUCGGCCCAAGGUACCAGGGUCAAUCUCCGGCAAUGCGUGGGGGGAGUGCGCCACUCGGUCUCAUGUCCAGUCACAGUAAUUGGGCGUGGGCCGGCCUGAGAGGCGCUUACUGGAGGCCUACUCCUACGGUUGCGCUCUUGUCCGGUCCCCAGGUGGUGCAGGCCCCUCGAGUACCGCCGCUUCACCUUCCUAGCGGGCAAGGAUGA